AUGGCUACUGGCAACUUAACAGACGAAGACCUGAGAGUGCUCUCCUCAGAAGUCUUUCCCCUUGUCUUCCCCAAAUCGACGAGUUUCGUCCAACAACUUGAGGACCAGCUGGUAACAACCCGCUCCCUCACAUCGGCCAUUGAUGCAGUGCGUCCUGGACUUGACGCAUCCAGCCCGGAUUGGACCAAUUUGGACUCACUCGGAUGGCUCUACACCCUCAGCAGCUCCUCAGUUCCCAUUCUCGCCUUUUGUUUCUCUCAGCCACCACUUGCUGGAGCGUCCUUCGAGACGGCAGUGACACGAAGAGAACUUGCCGAGAGUGUUAUCUCUAUCCCAAUGGAUAGCGAAGUGCUCUCAAGCAAUAAUAAGGGGAUUUGGAUGCGGCUGCGGGAACAGCUCUUCACCCAGGAAACGACAUCCGUCCUUCGAGGCUUGAUCUGCUCGGGAGUAAUCCCAGUUAUGCCUCUGGGGUGUAAAGAAUAUGUUCUCUCCGUCCUUCAGACAGCGACGAAGACCAUCAACUUCGACAUUGGAAGGCUAUCCAUCCGAAGAGUGUUUCCAAAUAUCAGCAAUCCUGAUGAUGAGAGCAACCUCUCCACCAUUGUUGGAGUGCCACGCGAGCAGCGGUCCGCAGUGAUCACGUAUUUAUGUACUCUGCAGCGGCUGCAGGCUCUGGUAAAUGAGCCUGCGGACGUCGGUGCCCUUAUCCACUGUGGCUAUGUGUCUGCUGAUUCCAUUGCCUGGCAGGGAGCAUGCGCUGUGCCUUGUAUUGUCGAGCAAGGCGUGCCCCAGGAACGAGCAGACGGUAUCUACAACCAGGCCUGUUUUAUUGCGUCGCGCAACGAGCAUCUCUCGACCAGGGCGCUCACAUUACGCGGCACGGGAAGCACUAUGGACAUUGCUAUCGCUGCUAUUGAAUCUCAGUCUACACCCGGCAAGAGGAAGCAGGAGAUCAAUCUGAGUAUAAUGUUUGGUUUGGAGAGUAUGGGCUGCGAGGAGUGCACAUCCCUCACCGGGCCUGCCGCCUUCUUCGUCGAUCUGCUUCAUAGGUUGCAACCACCGAAAAGCAGUAAUAAGCUCUCCCUGUUGGAUAAGCUCUUUGAGCGUCGACCCGACCUGGGAAAACUCGAGUUGUCCUGCGCUAACACAAAGGCACUGGUGCCCUAUGUCGACCUGGUCAAUGAAGUGCUCGAGGAAGUGGUGUGGUACAUUUACAAUAAGAAAAAUCCAGACAUUCGACCAUUCAAUUCGUCCGACCAAGAUACCAACGAGGGCUCCUUGAUGCAACCGCACAACACCAAUUUCAAAGUUUAUAGCCAGAUCAUCCAACCGGUGGUGUCCCCAUUGCACACGUUCCCCUACAACCAGGCUGUCUGGAGUACCCGAGCAUAUCUUACCACCCUUGGGGUCACGCGGUCCCGCUUGCUGCGGACUUUUCGGUCGCCCUAUUCGAUUACUGGGGAUAAGGGACCAGUGGCAGACGUGAAUCAGACUUUGGAUAAUGCUCUCUCUGCUGAAGUGCUGAAUCUCCAGCAUGAAGACUAUGUAGCCAUCACCAGGGAAGGGUUCUACCCCCUGGAACUGGUAAAGCGCCUCAGUGGGAAGGACAUAUCCCAAAAUCAGUAUGAGCAAACGAUUGGCCUCAAGCCCAAGUGCCAAUAUUGGGGCUUCCUGACCGACAAGGAUAUGGUCCCUGGCAAUAUCACGGCUGAUAAAGGGUUGACCAUGGUCCAAGACGAAUUACUUCCCCGGAGCGGCCUCGCCUUCCAGGAUCUGCUUGGCAUCGUUCAGACUAAGUACAUAGGAGGGCAGUUAGCCAUCGAAAUCAAGAAAAAGCCCGAUGGGAAAGACCCAGAGCCCUCAGAGCUGCUACGAUACAUGCGUCUCCGCCAGUGGAGCGAUACAGAGAAGAUCCAGCCCCUGAACGUGGCAACGUGCGAUCGGCUUCAGGCCUUUCUCCGUCUGCACAGCAAGGUGCCAUGGCCGACGGAGGAGCUGGACGCAGUGAUGAUGACCUUCGUAUCACCAGACCAGGAGUUGACAAUCACACCUGCCGUUAUCGACAAGCUCGCUGCCGUCAAAAGAUUAGCGGACCUCACUGGGCGCUCCCCUACCGAGCUCCAGCCGUUCUGGGGGGAUAUCAACACUCACGGGUCGAAUUCACUUUACUACCAGCUCUUCGGGACAGCGGUUCUCCCAAAGGAGACCCGCAGCUUGCUCGCGCCGGAUGACGACGGCCAUGUGGUGGAAAUGCAGUCUCAAGAAAGCAGGGAGGUGGAGAUUGCCACUGUUCUGAUGGCGUUGAACCUUACAACGGCCGAAUUUAACUCGAUCCGAGUCGCUUUAGGGCUGUCAUCACCAGUGAAACUGACGCUGGCCAACAUCUCAGCCUUCUAUCGGGUGUCGCUGCUCAGCAGGAUCCUGAACAUACCACCGCAGACGUACACCCAACUCCUGACGCUGUAUUCGAAAGACUUCAACCCCUUCCUGGACCCAUACACAACACUGACCCUCGUAGAAGGGUACCCGCCAAGCCAGCCGGCAAUGAGCCAUUGGACUCUCGACCGUCUGCUCUUCGUGAUCAAGAAGGUCCCUAGUGCAACCGAUGAGGCGUGCCGGACCACAGUCGACCAGCAGAUCACAAUCGUCCAGUCGUUGCGCUCCAGCUUGAAUGACCGCACGCUGCAAGAGAGCAAGAAGAAAAUGAAGAGUGAGGAUGCUCUACUCAGCCUGCUGGACGAAAUCAUCAUCGACGCUGAGGCCCGACAGAAAAUCGUUCGGUUCAUCCAAAGAGGCAGCGAAGGGGAUCCCAAAUACUUUGUCGAACAGCUAAGUGGCAUCAUCGGCAAAACAGAGGCUACGGAGCUAUACCAGAAGAUUAAGGAAGCCUCAGCUGGCGGGAACCGACGGGAUGUCUUCCUCGAGGCCUUCCUCCCAGCUCGAUAUCGCGAGCAGCAGUGCCAAGCAAUCCUGAAGUCAUUGAUGCCUUUAUUUCCUAGUUUUAACAUGGCGUUACUGCGAUUUUCGCUCGAGAACCUAGUUCAGAUCGAAGACAAUCCUCAAUUGUCCGGGAUAGAUGCAUUACUGACAGUCGUAGAUCCAUUACCGACACUCGUUGAUGAUAGUAGUCUCUCCGCGUACUUCCGUCCACCGACCACGGACAGUUAUCAGAUCCUGUCUACGGCUGAGGAGGAACCCAAAGGGUCGGUGCUGGAUGAAGCACCGCUCAAGUUUGAGAAGCAAAAAGACGACCGCCGGCCGCAAUGGGUAGCCACCACCCAGCCGCUCACCGGGGGCCGUUGGUACCGCUUGCGUUACAAGGGACAAGCGGGUGACUUGAGCUGGCGAGCCGACAAGGCAAAGCAAGGUAGCCAGCCGGCCGCUUUUACCGAGGCCGAACUAGUGGCCGAAGAGACCGUCAACCUCGUGGCGGCGGUCAUGGUAGACCUGAUGCGGAUCUCUCUCCUAGUCGACCAGUUUCGCCUCCAUUCCGCCGAGGGCGACUUCGGGAGCGUCAUUCAAAUCCUCAAGCUAUCCCGACCGAACGAACGGCUCAGCCUAAGCCUCCGCUCGAUCACGGCGUUGGAGGACUAUCUAGAGCUCCGGGACUCGUUCACGCGAAAUGGCGCCACUCUUCCGCUGCUGGCGCUCUACAAGUGGCUCAUUUCCUCCGCUCCAGGGAAGCAAGAGGGCCAGGACGACGUCCGGGGGGAACUGGCCAAGAAUCUGGCCCACGCGACCGGAUGGCCCCCGAGUUUCUGCACCAACUAUCUCCGAUGUAGAUACAAGGAAUACGACAUGGCAAACCUAGUUCGGCUAUUUCAAGAUGUGGCGGCUCUCCAGCAGAUGCAUGGGGUGGUUCUGUUCAUUCGGGACCUCGGUCUUCCUAGCCUCUCUCUCACAUCGCUCUUUGACAUGGCCCGACCGGCCUGGGAGGACCUGGUUCUGGCAGACUUUAAAAACGCUGCGGCCCUCCGCAUGGCCAUCCAGUCGAAACGAUUCUCCACUCCCUCUACCGGCGGCCGGACGGCGCUCGCAGAUGCUAGCGACAGCAUUCGAAGUACCCAGAGGGCGGCCCUGACCCACUACCUACUCACCACGCCCUACGCCGCGGAAAAGGGCCUGCGGGAGGCAGACGAACUCUUUGGGUAUUUCCUAAUCGAUGUGCAGAUGGGCCCCGGACUGCAGACCUCCCGCAUUAAGCAGGCUAUCUCGUCGGUCCAGCUGUUCGCCCAACGAUGUGCACUCGGGUUCGAAAAAGGAGUGGGAUCCACGGUGCUAAACCGGGCUGUCCUGGAGUACAUGCUGCGGUACCGGCUCUGGGAGGCCGAUCGCAAGGCUUACCUGUAUCCGGAGAACUGGGCCGACCCGACGCUGCGCGACAACAAGACCGAGCAGUUCCAGGCGCUCGAGUCCGGUGUGAUGCACGCGAAGCUGGACCGCGAAAGCAUCGCAAGUCUCGUCAAGGACUAUGUGCACAGCAUCAACGAGAUUGCCAACCUGCGCGUGGAAUGCUACGUGAUCGAGGAGCAGCAGACACCAAGGCGGGACUACUUCCACUUCUUUGCUUGCACACGGACCUCGCCGCCAGUGUUUUACUACCGGAAUACGUUCAUCCGCCAGGGCCGGGGGGAAGUGCGGACACCCACUUGGUCCUCGUGGACCCGGGUGAACCUCGACGUCCCCGUGCAGGAAACUGGCGCCGAUGGGAAGCGGCUUGCGAGGCCGGGGUCAUAUAUCAUCCCUGCCGUCCAUCGCGGACGUCUCUAUGCCUUUUUUCCCGAAAUCACCGCAACCCAAAAGGAUAGCUCUAAGAUACAAAAAGGCACAAAAUUCUCAGAACUAGCUAAUAAGUCAAUAUCUAGCACCCAUCCGGACCGUUGGUGGGAGAUUCGCAUGGGUUUCAUUGAGCGGCGCAACGGAAAGUGGUCCCCCAAAACGGUCUGCCGGUCCGCCAUCAAGGUGCAGGUCCCUCCAGUCGACAAUCCGCCCGAUGUCGCUGAUUUCAAGUUCUGGAUCACGCAUAACGGCAACGAUGCGAAACCUUUGACGGUCACAGCCGAAUGGACGACCACAGCCGAAUGGACGACCACAUUCGAGACCACAGCCGAAUCGACGGGCCCUAAACUUGUUCAUUGGGACCUAGGAUAUUUUCAGCUCCGGGGCCAGGAGCUGAUCCUCGUCAAAGGAGAGGAUGGCCUCCCCGUGCCCGAAGUCAUAGUAGAUAAGACAGAAACAGCGGAGCUGCAGACCAUCUCGACCAAGUUUUCGCGAUACACAAGUCGGAAUCGGAACCCAGCCGACGAGAUGAAAGUGCAGUACAAGGAUGGAAAAAGCAAAAAAGACAUCACCUUCAGGGUCGGCAAACCGCCGACAUUUCCCGAUUCUGCCAAAGGCGAGUGGUUGCUGGAUUUCAGCUACCCCUCUCAGUACACGGCCAGCGCACUGGUGAUGGAAAUCUCCACCUCCACCAUCAUCGAACAAUACAUUGAUCUUCGGGAGACCCAUUUUUUCCGAGUCGACCGCAUGUUCAACCGGGUGGCCCCCCAGUUGGCUGAAAGUGCUAGAUGGGAAGACGGUUUGGAGCGCGUGUACAACUGUCUGAAGCAAGUCCAGCACCUACAGACCCCUGGCGACGAUCCCCACGAAGACGCAUUUGGCCGGUGGAUUGAGAAGAAAAACAACAACAAACUCGUCCACUACCACGAACGGGCCGCACCGUUCGCCAUCUACAACUGGGAACUGGGCGUCCAUAUCCCGUUACUUAUCGUUGAGCGGCUGAUGGCCACGCAACAAUUUGAGAUGGCACUGAAAGUGAUCCGACUGGUCUUCGACCCCAGCAUGGAUGGCACUGACAUCAACCGCUGCUGGUCGUUCCCCCAUUCCAACAAGACUCCCGGAGGCAACGUCCAUGCGGCAGCGCGGUCGUACCCAGUUGCCUACAUGAAGCGGAUUGCCAUGAAGUACAUUGAGCUGAUGAUUGCCAUGGGGGACGAGUAUUUCCGGCGCGACACCUUGGAGAGCAUCCCGCUGGCAAUUCAGAUGUACACAGAGGCAUCCCAGGUCUUCGGGCCGCAGCCGGUGGAGAUCCCGCAGCUGGGGAAGCGCAAGGUAAUGUGCUAUAAUGACCUGAAGGGGUACCUGACGGCGCUGUCCAAUGCUACCGUCGAUCUGGAACUGGACUUUCCCUACUACGUGGCCCCGGGGAAACGCGGCGCCGAUACUCCAAUAAACCAGCCAUCACGUGGCUACCUCAAGACAGGUUAUUUCUGCAUCCAGGGCAAUCCCAUGUUGAUGUCCCUCCGAGACCUGAUCGACGACCGGCUGUACAAAAUCCGGAAUGGGAUGGACAUCAACGGACGCAAGCGAACUCUGCCGCUAUUUGAGCCUCCGAUCAACCCGGGAGCGCUCCAGCGAGCCAAAGGCCCUGGAGGCGGGGGUAUCGCGGGCUUCCUCCGGGAUCUGGAGAGUCCGAUGCCCCGGUGUCGCUUCCUCGCGUUAAUUUCGUAUGCUCUGGACCUGGUGAGCGAGCUGAAGACCGCGGGCCAGCAAAGGCUGAGCAUCCGGGAAAGAAAAGAUACUGAAGCCCUUUCUCUGCUAAGGUCUAGCCAUCAGCGGGCCGUGCUUGCACUGGUACUGCGAGUGAAAGAGCGGCAAAUGGCCGAGGUUCAUCGGGCCAUUGAGGUGCUAGAGGAGACGCGGAAGCAACAAGAGAUGCGUCUGGCGUACUUCAUGACCCUAACUGGCGACAGCGGCACUAAGGAAAUCCCAGCGACGGGCGCCACCUGGCAGGAUAUACCCCAAAAUAUUGAGAAGCCCCGGAUGGAUGACUUCCGCAUGUCUCCCUUCGAGCAGGAAGCAAUGAGCAAGGCCGAUGAGGCAUCCGACUGUAUGCUGGGCGCCAUCGGUAUUGAAACCACCGCCUCGGUGGCCUUUGCCUUCCCCGAAGUGGGUAUCAAAAUACAACCUCUUGGGGCGGGUGGAGAUACGACUUAUGGUGGACAGAAUGUUGGGAAUCUCCUGCAAGCAUUGGCCGGGGUCUCCAGAGGAUUUAGCCAGCGGGCUUCGGAUGAUGCCGAGAAGGCCGGCCGCAAGGCCACGGCCAUCCAGCAGCUGCAGGAGCGCCGGCUGGAAGCCAACACGAUUGGGCGCGAACUGGUCCGCAUUGACAAGAAUCUCGUCCAACUGCGCGCCCAGCUGGACACGUCCCAGGCGGACAUGCAGGCCCAGCAGCAGGAGAUCGACAACGCCGCCGCCGAAGAUGAGUGGCUGCGGACUAAAUACACCAGCACUGAGCUGUAUACUCUCCUGGACAAUGCCGUGGGCACGCUGUUUCACCGUACCUACCUGAUGGCGAUGGAGAUGGCCAAGACGGCCAAGCGGGCGUUGGACUUUGAACUGGCCAUCGGAUCGACGACCGGUGAUCCGUCAGGUGCAUCGCCCGCAACCCUCGCCACCGGGUACUUGGAGACAUCGCCGGACGGUCUGUUGUCCGGCCAGGAGCUGUGGCUGGACCUGAAGCGCAUGGAGGCCGUCUACCGGGAGACCAACACCCACGAUUACGAGAUCGCCAAAACCGUGUCUCUCCGCCAGAUUAAUCCGCUGGCCCUCCUCACCCUGCAGGAAGUGGGCAACGCGGAGUUUGAUAUCCCGGAAGUCCUGUUCGACCUGGAUUUCCCUGGCCACUUCUGCCGGCGCAUUGUAUCGGUAGCCGUCUCCAUCCCAUGCAUCGUUGGGCCAAACACCAACCUCAGCUGCACCCUCAGUCUUAACCAACACAAGUAUCGCAUCUCGUCCAGUGCAGUGGGAUACGAUGCCCAGAAAGCCGCCAACUUUCGGACCGACCGCAUCCCCAUCACCUCUAUCGCCGUGAGCAGCGGCAUACAGGACACGGGUGCCUUGGAUCUGGGCUUCAGGGGCAACGAGCGGUACGGGCCGUUCGAGGGCGCUGGCGCCAUUUCCAGCUGGCGCAUCUCUCUCCCGGAGACGCUGCGGCAGUUCGAUUACAGCUCCAUCACCGACGUCGUCCUACACCUGCGGUACACGGCGUUCGGGACAGGUGGCCCUCUCGGGAAGAGUGCGUCCGAUGCCGUGAAGAACUGGACCACACAGUCCUCCAUCCCUUCCACUGGCUCAGAGUAUGGGAAAGUCAAAAAGGUGCUGGCCAUCAACCUGGCCAAUGACUAUCCGUCUGAAUGGCAACAGAUCUGCUUGACGGGCACGACGACGCUACGGAAUCUCGAUCAAAGGCUGCCCUUCUGGGCACGCACCGCAAAAUCCGUCAACUCGAGCGUUACGACUCUAUUCAUCACACCCAAGCCAAACAGCAACCCGACGAUAUCAGAAAACAAAAGCACUAGAACGCCUAGCCAAUUGGGUAGAUACUGGACGUAUCAAUUCGGGAAACUGGACGUUUCUAAGCCUUGGACUAUUAAAGAUCUGAAGCAUGAGAAAGACAAAGGCUUCCAGCGCGCUUGGCUGCUUAUACAAUAUUCAAUUUCACUUGGUGGUUAA